AUGGACGAAAUGGAUUACACGAUGCAGGCCUCUGUCCAUCCUGUCCCGCUUCCCGGCUGGUGGGUCCGUGGGCAAAGUCGUUGCCCAUACAGAAGCGCAGCAAGUGGAACACAAACGGGAGGUUCUGGAGAAGGAGCUGGAGGAGCUGGAGGAUUACAACCGAACCACGGGCAGUCAACAACAACAUCCAACCACCAUCCACAGUCGAGCCUUCCACACCCGCCGCCACUACUACCGCCCGCAUCAACAUUACACCACUCAUUCUUCCUUCACUCGGGUUAUUCCGACAACUCUCUCCCGCUUCCACAUCAUCAUCAAAACUAUUAUUUUCUCCCUCCCAUUCAGAUCCAGCAGAUUCCAGCAUCACAUGGGCCUAUGCCGCCAUCAUUUCCCAGACAUCCCUCAGACCCUUCUCCGCCCACAUCCCACUCGGCGAAUCGAGGGUACGAUCCUGUUCACGCUGCCACUAAUAGCAACAACAGCAUGAACAGCCACGGCAGAACUAGUCAAGAGUCUGGCCAGGGCAAUAGUGGAAACGCCGGCAACAACAUGAACAACCAGGGCGGAAAUCGGCAAGACGGCCAUCCAGCCACUGGUCAUGCUCAUUCAUACGGAGGCAACGGCAACAACAAUAACAAUGCCAAUAAUGGAAACGUUACCGCUCCGACCACGGGCGUCAGUGCUGGAAACACGGCCACCUCCGGUAUCGGUACCAACACGUGGUUCCCAGGACAGUCCACGACGGCAUCUUGGCCUCUCCCUUUUCUAGUUCCCCAAGGACAGCCUUCGGUUCCCUCCUUUGUUACACCGGGCUCCAUGUCAGAGCUGUACGGCAUGAAUGGUGGUUCUUCAGGAAAUAUGGGUAGAGGGCCGGGGGCGCGACCAGCUGCAAACCCCGUAUCGAACUCCGGUGCAGAUGCAGACACAAUUAUGGGCAACACAGAAGCUCAAGGUGGCUCGGGUGGCUUGGGUGGCUCAUCUGCUGUAACUGCUGCAACCGCUACCCCGCGGGUUGGUGGCUCAGACUCGGGACCGAUACAGGCUGGUUGGACGCCUCAACAGGGACAGAGCCGUUCCUCUGCAUUCCCCUUCCCACCACCCGGUCUCUAUGAAGCAGGCUACAUGUUUUCAAGCUCGCAUAAUCACCCCGCCCCCGGUAACAACAAUCCUCUCGGCCAGGUACUGCCAGACCCAGGCCCUUGGGGUUCUCGUCACACAGGCCACGCAACCGGUGUCAACAACUCCAACCAGCAUCACACGAAUGCGCCCCCGCCUGGUCAUCGUCGCCAGCCUUCGCAUCAAUCUAGUCAACCUGCACCCCCAGCUACUACGACCUCGUCGACAGGUAGCCAUAUCAGGCUUCCCGCCCCCGAUCCUCGCUCGAGGCUCGCUCCAUAUCGUUCGUCAGGCAUGUCGAUUCCAACCGAAAGCGGCAAUGACUUGUCCCAUACCCUCCAGCUUCCUCAGGGUCCCCCGAAUCCCCAGGGGCCCCAGGCUUCGUCAUCGAGCGCUCACCGACCGUCUCGCCAACGAUCAGGUUCCGGAUUGACGAAUACAGCUGCGCCACUUCCCGAUAAUCAGUCCCGCACUGGCUCCGCCAUCACCUCUGCAUCCGCUCCCACUUCGGUGUCCGCGUCCAAUACGGGACCCCCCCUUGGACAGUCGACUUCAUUCUCCCGUGGUCCUGCCUACCCCGAGAUGCGAACAGAGAUGGGAGUUUUCUUGGCGCGAGCUCUUCACGCACGCUCAGACAGCUUCAGUGAUGACGAUCUGGAUUUGCCAGAUGAGAUACCGGGGCGCCGACUAGUCGAUGAAGAAAGAACAGCCCAAUUGCUCAGGGCACGGCAGGUGGCGCGCGGACAAAGUACAAAAAAGGUGGCCUCUAAAAAGGCGAUAGAAAGUCUUGAAGCUGUGGAUGUUGCAGACUUGCCUGAAACAGGUCGGAACGGGGGCCCAGACACGGUACCUUGCACCAGCGACAGUCAUCAUCGGGACCUUCUGCACAAAGCAGUCAACGUCCACCUCGUGAACGGGUCAGUCUCAUCCCCCCCUCGUUGGCAUAUUCUGUAUCUGCUCUCCUGUGAAAAGUUUGGAGUUGGACUACUGACAACCUUCUUCGUGACUCAGCCUGCCUCUGAUGGCGAAAAUUCCUACAGAAUUGCCAACACGAGCCAGAUACCCUCUAUGCCCCAACAACCACCGGCGGCACCAUACACAUCCGAACCAGCACCUCCAUGGAUGCAUCAUGGGGAAGCGUCUUUGGCCUUUGGACCUUCAAAUCGCGACCCUGCUUUCCCUGAUCAGGUCCCCGGCACGAGGGGUCCCGCACAAGGGCAGCCGCCUGUUCCCGAACAGCGUGAUCAGCCUCUUGCGUCCACGUAUCCCGGCGACAACCCCUUCCCUGGUUCUUCUACUUUCCCCCCUCCUGGUUCUGGUAGACAAUGGCCUGAAUAGGGACACGGGCACCAUGCUUCCUCGAAUCAGUUGGCCAACACUGGGGCUAGACGUGUUGCUCAGCCUUUCCCACGAGAGCGGCUCUCUGCUGCUAGACAACUUGUUCAGAAUUCACGAGAGGAGGACGAUACGCGUCUUGCUCGGUCAAUAAACCAGGCCCUCGCUGCUGCACAUCACGCGGGAAUAUGGCCACAAGGGCAGCGCACCGUUUCUGGACAGGAUGCUCAGACUUCACCAAAUAAUCCCAAUGAAGUUGUGGCUCGGAGAAUGGAGGCCAUCGUUUCUGGAGAGAAUAGUCAGUCUUUCGCACAAGAGCAGCCCUCCGAAGUUGAUGAUCAUCUGGUCACAUACGUACCUGACGGAAACAACACCCUUCUUGACAGCAUUGCUGCCGGCUUUGUUG